CCUCACUGCCUACACUCACUUCUGCUUUACAAAGAUCCCAUUUCUCAGCUGGCUUAUAGAAAAUGUUAUCAAUGACACCUUUCUUUCAAUGAGGCUUAUUAACAGAACACUGUGAUAUGGGACUAUAAUUAGAUUCGAAGUGUGUGCUGAACAUAGUCAGUAGAAAACUAAGCUAAAGUCUAGAGGAUGUUUCAGUUCUUCUACAAACACUUCUGAAACUAGGGAGGGUUUUUGUAUGGGUGAGGAUACGAAAUGUAUCACUGUGGUAUUCGCCCAAGGAACAAAGUUGAUUGUGACUGACCAUGCUCUCCCAGCUCCUGUUCUGACAGUUUUCCCUCCAUCCAGUAACGAGCUGAAGUCUAACAAAGUCACUGUAGCAUGUGUAGCCAGUGACAUGUCCAGCGGUUUUGCUGAAAUGCACUGGCUCGUAGAUGGGAGCGUAAUCACCAGUGGAGUCAUCACUGGAUCUGCAGCUCAGCAACCAAAUAAGAAAUUCACCUCGAGCAGCUAUCUGAGUAUUGACAGCUGCGAGUGGGAAAAAGAUAAGAGCAUAACAUGCAACGUGUCUUCUGGAGGAAAACAAGCAUCAGUGGAAAUUAACAAGUCUCAGUGUAUUGAGUGAAUCAGAUACAUUUUGUUUAUCUCAAUUCUCUGUCAAAUUUAAUAUUGAAAAUGUUGCUUUCCUGCCAAAGUAAUGUUUGAGCUUUUUGUUUCAAAACACCAAUAUGGUACAAUUUUAAUAAAGUGCAAACUUCGAAAAAUAAGCAAAAAAGAAAAAUGUCUCUGUAAAUACUGAAUGAUGUUACAUAGUACAUUUUAAUAAGCUACAUUAGAGAGACAAAUUGUGACAGAACCAUGAAUAUUAAAAUACAUUACAUUAAGCAAAAUAUUUCUAGAAUUAAAGGCUGUGGAAAUUACA